AAAUUGACAAUUGUUAUUUAUCGCCGUAAUCACUUUAGGAUGACCAGUGUACUGUGGUAUUUUCCAACCUCUUUUUCUACCUAUUUUCGUGCUGCUGCACGUACCUCAGUAUUCAGACCUACUCUAGAUACCAACUGGAAUGAUUCGUCCUCAGCAAUGAGUUUGUUGAAAGAUUUCUGGGAAUUGCUUGCAGCUCCAAAGAGAAAGACCACAAGAGCAUAUAAGAUGCGGAGGAAAUGGAACCGUGGGAUUGAACCACUGCAAAAUAUAAGUUCCUGUAAACUUUGUGGAAAGCCUAUGUUAAAAUAUCACUACUGUAACCCUUACAGGUGUCACGAAGCGAAGGUUCGGUUGGCAGUGUUGGAAGGCCGAAAGUCCACAAAAUAGAUUAGAAUCCUUCGGACUUAGGUUGUAGUAAAAUUCUCCUAGUGGGGUGUCUUUCAAGAUACUUCCAGCUCGUGAGAAGUGAAGAUUGAGCUGUUGCUUUGACAGUUGUAUUGUCCGUUUAUUUCUCACUAUUCGUAACAGCUCUCUCAGCUUGGUAAAAUGUAUUGGCAGCGUGAUGCUGUGUUAGUUUUAUUACAGUUUGAACCUGGCCUCUGUCGAAGUUUGAAAUCAUGAUAACCCACCGAGUGAAAAUAAAGUGAGUCGCAUUAAAUCUUUUAGUAGACCAGUGCUCAUCUCUAAACAAUUAAAUAUCAUUAUAACCUAAUUUAUAGCAAAAUUCGUUAGUACUUGUCAAACAAUUUCACUGGUUUAUAUAAUUUUAGAAAUUGCUAAGGGAUUUGAACUCCCUGCUCAAUCUGUGAUCAAUACAAUUAUAUCUGUCACCUCAAAAUGAAACGCAGAAGAAGUUACUGAGAUCAAAUUGUACAUCAUGGAAACCUAUAAGGUCAGCAGAAUAAUGUGAAAAAAUUGACAUUAAAUUGAAAACCAUACCCUGGCCAGAAAAUUAAAUUCUUCUUUAGGAGAAUUUAAAAAAAAUGAAUAUCAAAUGAAAAAUUAUUUUUUAAA